AUGGCACUAAUCAGUGACGCGAAGAUCAUUAACAUUACGAACAAGUUGGGCAGCAAGAAGACGCUGAUAGUCCACUGUGAAUCCGUAGACGACGACCUCGGGGCCCUCGCCGUGAACUCCGGCGACGUCUACCACUGGGAUUUCGAGGACAGCUCCCUUUUCCGACAGGUGGUUUUUUGGUGCCGCCUCGCGUUGGAAGAUGGCCGUCUUUCCUUUGUGGCGUACAUUGAACGAGAAGACGGUGGUGGGUACGCAGUCAUGGGGUACGAUGUCAACGAAACUGGGCUUUAUGGCCCUAACAUCGUCCGCUGCCUCGACGACGAUUGCAGCUUCGAGAGGGGCCAAAACCUUCACAAUUUGUUCCUCGGAGGCAGCCUCCGAUCACACCAAGAAUCCUGUCGGAGAUUGCCGAAAUCGGUAGUCAAGAGUUACAAAAAAUCGAUUCUCAAGGGUUUGGAUCACAUCCACGACAUAGGAUUCAUCCACUGCGAUGUUAAGCUGCAGAACGUGUUGAUGUUCGAGAAUGGGGAAGUUAAAAUUGAGGAUUUCAAAUUGGCGAUGAGAACAGGAGGGGAAGAAAAGGUGAAACCGGGGAGGAAGGUGGAGAUUCGGGGCACUCCUCUGUUCAUGGCGCCGGAAUCGAUAAACAGUAAUGUCUACAAGCCGCCGUGCAAUAUCUCAGAUCUGGGUUGCGCCGUCAUCGAGAUGUUGACCCGCACUUGGAUCUGCAAGUCGGCGGCGGCGGCGACCCUCGCCCGCCCAUCCUCUUCUUGUUGA